AACAUAGUGAUAGCUCACAAUAUUUAUUUAUUGGUCUUUGGUUCACAGGUCUUAUUACAAAUAUACAUUAGCGGCAAUUCUUGUUCCUAAAUCUCAAAACGAAACUAAAUUUACAGGUCUUCAAGUAGUGCAGUCUUUUUCGCAUAGCAUUUAUUACAAAUCAUGGUCGCUAUAGGGUCGGGGAAAAUGGUGAACCGUAGUUAAGCCAGAAUAAAUUGGUGAUUACUGAUUUGUUCAAGAUGGUAAACACAUCGAAAGCAUUAACAUUCACUGUGCAAUCAGAAUGUAAACAUUCACGAGCUCGAGUUGCAAUUAUGAAGUUACCUCAUUAUGAUGUCCAAACUCCUGUAUUUAUGCCAGUUGGAACUCAGGGCACAAUGAAGGGUCUAUUAACAGAUCAGCUUGAAAAUUUAAAUUGUGAGAUUAUAUUAGGGAAUACCUAUCAUUUGGGAAAUAGACCUGGUGUGGAUGUGUUGAAAAAAGUUGGUGGCCUUCAUAAAUUUAUGGGAUGGAAUAGAGCUCUCCUCACAGACUCAGGAGGUUUUCAAAUGGUUUCGUUGCUUAAGUUAGCGGAAAUCACAGAAGAAGGAGUGAAAUUCAGAUCCCCAUAUGAUGAUAGUGAAAUUAUGUUAACACCAGAAAAAUCUAUUGAAAUCCAGAAUUGUAUUGGUGCUGAUAUAAUUAUGCAGCUAGAUGAUGUUGUUCAAACAACAUUUCAAGAUUAUGAUCGCAUAAAAGAAGCAACUGAAAGAACUAGUCGAUGGCUGGACCGUUGCCUGAAAGCUCAUAAAAGACCAUCUGAACAAAAUAUAUUCCCCAUAGUACAAGGUCUAUUAAACCCAGAAUUACGAAGGAAAAGUGCUGAGGAACAUAUAACAAAAGAUGUUAAUGGUUUUGCUAUAGGAGGUCUUAGUGGUGGUGAAGCAAAGGAUGACUUUUGGCCUAUGGUCAGCCUAGGAACUGAAAUACUAGAUAAAUCUAAACCACGUUAUCUGAUGGGAGUGGGAUUGGCUAUUGACCUUGUUGUGUGUGUUGCACUAGGAGUGGACAUGUUUGAUUGUGUGUUCCCUACACGUACAGCUAGAUUUGGGUGUGCACUAGUAAAUAAAGGACAAUUGAAUUUGAAACAGAAACAAUUUGAAAGUGAUCUCAAUCCAAUUGACAGUGACUGUGAAUGUACUACUUGUGCCAACUAUACAAGAGCUUACCUGCAUUGCAUUGUAUCUGUUGAAACUGUAGCCUGCCAUUUGAUCUCAGUGCACAAUAUUGCCUUUCAGAUGCGCCUUAUGAGAACCAUGAGAGAAAAUAUCAAACAAGGAACAUUCCCUAAAUUUGUUAAGAAAUUUGUUAAUGAAAUUCAUCCUGAUAAAAACUUUCCUACCUGGAUUAAUAACUCAUUGCUGUCAGUUGGAAUAAACAUAUUGGAAGACUAACCUGUCGAUUUAAUAAUGACAAACUUUCCAAUAGUCUACACAUCUCUAAGCUCAACUCAGAAUCAUUAAAGCAGCUGAGAUUUGUAUUGUAUACAAUACUGUAUAUAAUACUGAUGUUUAUGAUUACCAUGCUUUACUUCACAACUCCCUUAUGCAGAGAAAAUUGGACAGCAGCUAUUGGAAACCCACAAAAGCCUUUCUGAAGUAGCAAUAAGGACCUGAAGUAGUAAUAAGGACAAAACAUCUAUCUAUACACCACAAGAUUUUCACUUGGCCCCUUAAGCAAGAUUUUUACACUGUUUUUUUUUACAUUUUUACAGACAGCCUUGAGUCUUACAGCAAGUUGUGCUCUUAACUGUUCCAAGUAAAUAUUCCCAGUUAUGUCAGUGUGUUCAUGUUUUGUUGAUCCUUUUUGCUACAGAAUGCUGCACUAGAUCUGCCUUACUGCAUAUUUUCUGCACUAAAUGUACCUACUGGUAACAUUAUUAACAAAGACUACUUAAUCAAUAAACUUAAAGUUUUCUGGUUGUCUCUGUAUUCAGUGUCCAUUUAUAAGGUGAAAUUGUUUGAAAGUGGAUGAAAGCUGCCCAUCCUAUGUGAUAAAAUAAAUUCAUGGGACUAUUAUUUGCGUAAACUUACCCUCCAGCAAGAGUUUUGUUUUAUUUCAUACAAUAAUAAGAAGUAGGCUAGUAUGUAAACCAAAGAAAUUAAAUUAUGCACUCAAAUA